ACCUAUAACCACACUGAGGACGCAGGGCAGGGUACUCAUGAUUUUGGCAGUAGUAGCGACAUGAAAUUUGUUGUGCCUAACAAGAGAAGUAGACAAAACAAAGUAGGACAACGGAGUGCAAAUGUUCCCAAAUCUGGUAGUGUUGGGAAUAUGCGUACAGGGGUCUGGCAAAAGGUCCUGAAGAAUGAUGCCAAUGAUUGCACUGGUGAAUUGAAGAAAGCAAGUUCUGUUUACUCAAGGCUUGAUCUCCCUUUGAGAGAGGCUCCCAUGCUCAAUAAAACCUGUAAUGCUGUUGAUAUUAAUGUCUUUUUGAAGAGUGAAAAUAGGAAACAGCAAAAAGAUAAGGUCUCAAAAAAGUUGAAAAGAAAAAAUGCUCCAGCAUUGAAACGAGAAUACAAUUGUUAUUCGAGGAAGGGAUCUCAUGCUAGCUUGGCUGGCUCAGAUGGUUCUUUGAAGCUUCGGAUGGAUCAGAGUGAUAUAUCAGAUAUCUUGUCUCAGGUGAAGGACAAGAAACCUAGUCGUCCAACGGCUCGAUUCCAGAGCAGCAAAGUAGAAUGCAUGAACUCCGUAUCAGUUCAAAGCAUGCAGCUCUGUCCAAAUGAGAUUGGUCAUCUUGAAAAUGUGUGUAAAACCGUCUCAGGCAUGAAGAAUCAAAAUGUAGGAAAUCAGGAUGGCUCAAUGCAAAAAACAUGCAAUUCCUGGAAGGAACCAAGUCUGCUUCAGGUGCAUUCUUCAAUCUACCUUCCUCAUCUACUUUAUGAUGCAGCAAGUCAAGAAGUACAGAGACAAAUCCCUCUUGCAGAAAGCAGCAAGCAAAACUGGAGUAGUUCUGGAUCUCUUACACACAAGUGGAUGCCAAUCGGGUUGAAGGACUCUGAGUUGGCAAGCUCUGCUAGAUCUGAGAGUUCAUUGCUUGAACAUUCUGAUGAGGGAGCUUCUAAGAGAUGGACGAUUAAAGACACUGUUAAAGGCAAUGUGGUUUCUAAAGCUGCAGUUGAGUCCAUGGCUCAGGGUUCUGGACAUGUAAUUCGUUCUUCUGAUGACACAGAGGGCAGGCUUCCUACAUCAAAUGCAGUUGAAGAGGUGGCUGACAACAAGCUUCAUGCAGCUAACUAUGUGAAUAGUUAUGAUGUAUCCAAAGGUCUAAAUGCUUUUGAAGCUUAUUCAAACAGAGUAUUAGAAGCAGUAAAUAAUGCUUGCAGGGCACAGCUGGCAUCUGAAGCUGUUCAAAUGACCACUGGUCAUCCAAUUGCCGAAUUUGAAAGACUUCUGUAUUAUUCAUCUCCCGUUAUCCAUCAAUCACCUAGCCACACAAGUUGUCACACUUGCUGUUCAUGGAACCAGGUUGACCAGGUUGGUGGUGUGUCAUUGUGCAGACAUGAGACACCAAAUGUCACUUUAGGAUGCCUAUGGGAGUGGUAUGAGAAAUAUGGGAGCUAUGGGCUGGAAAUAAGGGCUGAGGAACCUGGGAGUCCAAAGAGAUUGGUGCUGAUCGUUUAGCAUUUCGUGCUUAUUUUGUCCCUUAUUUGUCAGGAACUGAGCUUUUCAGGAAUGGUAGGAGUAUUGGUACUGGAGAUAUUGACAAUAGACUUCACAAUCAUCAAGUGUUAAGCGCAUGCUGGAGUGGUGAGAUAUCCAGAAAAUCCUGUAGUAUUGGUAGUCUUCCAAUAUAUUCACUACUUUUUUCUCAUCUUGAUUGCAAGGAAGAUGCAGUCAUCCCACCACUUGUAAACGAACUGGGUAUUCCAGAAGCUUUUGCCAAAGAUGCACCUGUUAAAUCAGCUGACACAACAGGUUUCAGUGAUUUAGAGCUACUUUUAGAAUAUUUUGAAUAUGAACAACCUCAACAAAGACGACCUCUAUAUGACAAGAUAAAGGAGCUGGUUAGAGGUGAUGGACAUUCACAUUCAAAAGUGUAUGGCGAUCCAACUACACUAGACUCUAUAAAUCUAAAUGAUCUACAUCCCAGAUCUUGGUAUUCAGUGGCAUGGUAUCCUAUUUACAGGAUACCUGAUGGCUUCCGUGCAGCAUUUUUGACCUACCAUUCACUUGGUUGUCUGGUUCGUAGAAAUGCCAUCUUUGAGUCUCGUAGUGUGGAUGACUGUAUUGUAUCUCCAGUUGUGGGUCUUCAGAGUUACAAUGCUCAGAGUGAAUGCUGGUUCCAGUUUAAGGCCCUCAGCACCAGCACAGACAACAUUAUCAAACUUAAACCCUUGUGAAAUACUGGAGGAGCGUUUGAGGACACUUGAGGAGACGGCAUCUCUUAUGUCAAGAGCUGUUGUGAGCAAAGGAAGUAUGACAUCUGUAAACAGGCAUCCAGACUACGAGUUCUUCCUCUCUAGGCGGCGCUAGCGGCGACGUAUUGAAAUUUUCUGUAACUGAUUUUAACAACUCAUAAUUAAACUAGUGUCAGUUCCCCAUUAAGCUUAUCUACAUUCAAGGUAACAUCUAACCUCAGGUAGGCAGAAAGGGUGACCAACCUUUUUCUUUGUUUUUUUUGUCACAUACAUGUAUAGAUAGCCUUUGAAUUCCUUCCAGGAUGCAUGUGAGUGCCUCAGAAUAUAAUGCAACUCUUUCAGGGAUUUGGAAAGGUACUGUAGUGUUACUGAAGAAAGGUAGUGUAGUGUUAUCAGUUUAGCUGCCUCCUGAUAAUGUUGUAAAUAUCUUACAGAAUACAUGAUCUGUAAAUAGCGUUCUCA